AUGAGGCCUGAUGUGGCGUCCCCCCCUGCCGGCGCCGCCGAUGUAACUUCUCGGUCGGUGUCGGCGUCGGAGGAGCAGGAUGACUCCCGUUCCACGUCGUCGACCGCCUCACCUGCUCCCCCCGACAACGAAGAGUCCGACUUCUUCCUCAACAACAACGACUCGCAGUCGUCGCUCGGCGUACCCAACUUCCAGGACAUGGCAGUCGAUGAUGCCUGCUGGCCCCCAGUCAACCGCCUCCCCAACGAGAUCCUUAUUGGCAUAUUCUCCAAGCUGAGCGCCCCUACUGACCUAUACCACUCUAUGCUUGUCUGUAAGCGUUGGGCUCGCAACUCUGUCGAUCUCCUCUGGCAUCGACCUUCGUGCACAAACUGGAAAAACCACAGCAGCAUCUGUCAGACGUUGGGUCUCGAGAAGCCCUUCUUCAGCUACCGUGACUUCAUCAGGCGACUCAACCUCGCCGCCCUAGCUGACAAGGUCAAUGACGGCAGCGUCAUGCCCCUCGCCGUCUGCUCCCGUGUUGAGCGUCUCACCCUCACCAACUGCAAGAACCUAACCGACUCGGGCCUCAUCGCCCUAGUUCAGGGCAGCUCUUCGCUCCUAGCUCUCGACAUAUCACAGGACAAGAACAUCACUGAAGAGUCCAUCAAGGCUAUUGCCGACAAUUGCAAGCGCCUCCAGGGCCUUAACAUAUCGGGGUGCGACAACGUCUCCAAUAGCAGCUUGGUUAAGCUCGCUCAGAGUUGCAAGUAUAUUAAAAGGCUCAAAUUGAACGAGUGCGUGCAGGUUCAUGAUGAUGCAAUCUUUGCCUUUGCGGAUAACUGUUCGAACAUCCUCGAGAUCGACCUGCACCAAUGCGGUCAGGUCGGCAAUGGCCCUAUCACCUCUCUCAUAUCUAAGGGUAACUGCCUGAGAGAAUUGAGGCUUGCUAGUUGCGACUUGAUUGACGAUCAUGCUUUUCUCUCUCUACCGUCUGGAAGGACCUUUGAGCACCUCCGCAUUCUCGACCUGACAUCAUGUUCUCGUCUGACCGAUGUUGCCGUCCAGAAGAUUGUCGAAGCGGCCCCUCGAUUGCGAAAUCUUGUCUUGGCAAAGUGCCGCAACAUCACUGAUGCCUCCGUCUACGCCAUCUCCAAGCUCGGAAAGAACCUUCAUUACGUUCAUCUGGGACACUGCAGUCAUAUUACAGAUGACGGUGUUAAGAAACUGGUCAACAACUGUAAUCGUAUUCGGUAUAUCGACCUGGGGUGCUGCGUAAACCUGACGGACGACUCGGUACGGCGGCUGGCUAUGCUCCCCAAGCUCAAGCGGAUAGGCCUGGUGAAGUGUAGCUCAAUAACAGACGAGUCGGUCCUUGCUCUUGCGGAUGCCGCGUUCCGCCCGAGAGCAAGAAGAGACGGCCACGGCAUGCCUAUCAGCGGCGAAUACUAUGCCUCGAGUCUAGAGCGUGUUCAUCUGAGCUACUGUCUCAACCUGACUCUCAAGUCCAUCUUGAGAUUGCUCAACUCCUGCCCCCGCCUGACGCACCUCAGUCUCACAGGCGUUGCUGCCUUUCAGCGCGAUGACUUCCAGCCUUUCUGCAGGCAUGCUCCUCCUGAAUUCACCCAACAGCAGCGCGAUCUCUUUUGCGUCUUCUCGGGAAACAUGGUAUCACAAUUUCGCCACUACCUGAACACCAACUCCCAGUUUGACGAACUCCGCGAUGGUCACUCUGGGGACUCACGCCGCGCCCGUAAUCGGCCACAACACCCCCCGGCCGACAUCCUUGGCGACACCGAAGGAAUAGACGAUGAGAUGGGAGAUGAGGAUCCCGACUACGAUGUUCUCGACGCCCACCAGCUUGGCGGUCCCAUCUACCCGACCCUCUUGGCCGGCAUGGAUGCUACUACGCAGGCAACUGCUCAAAUGCCACCGUUUUUGCAGGCGAUCCCUGUACCCCCCGGCGGGCCCCAUGCCGGUAGCCACGCGAUCCAGCCGUUUGCAGCCGACAGUACGCAUUUCGGCCCCACGGCCUUCUCAAGCUUCCUCAACAGCCAGCCGGUUAACGGUGCCCCGCCCCCAAGUGCCCAUGGGCUUUCACUAGCCAGUGUGGCCACCGCAGCUGGUUCCACCGGCGGGCCGGCUCACGGAGCCAGCACAGCAUCUAUGCACCAGCAACACCAGCAACUCGGAGAGGAAGACACCCCAGGGCAGCAGGACCAGGCUAGGCCCAGCGACUAG